GAAGCCCGAUGGAGUUUAUUCAUGUCUCGCUUCAACUUUUUUCUGAAACAUCGCCCUGGGAAAAUAAUGCAACCAGCCGGCCCUCUGUCCAGGAGGCCAGAUUAUAAAGAGGUGGUAAGCAGUGAUAACAUCGCACAGUGUUACACCCUAUGCCAAAGAUCCUCCGGAACUCCGUCGGACACCGCGCUAACUCCGCCGGACCUCCGGACUUGCUUACGAAUAGUUACUUACAUACCGGUUUCUAUCUCCUUUCCGGUCUCCAAUGGUGGCCAUGUGUAUUUCCCAGCAUCCGCAUCUGGAAAAACAGCCUUUGCGAAUUGA